AUAGUAUGCAUUGCAUCACUGAACAAGUGAUUUUUGCCAAUGACGGAUUUUAACGAACGAACUGGUUUAUUAGGCCGGUUUUAACCGGACAAGAAUAUAAGUUUGUGUAUGUUAGACUUUUAUUUGGUGUAUCUUGAAGACGCUUAUUAUAUAUUUUAAGCAGGAAGAAUUAUAGUAGAUCUAGUUGUAUGAAAAUGAUUAAUGCUGGAAUCUAAAUGUGCUACAAAACGUUCAGGAAACCUAAAAGUUUAAACCAUGUCGGAUAUAUUUGUUGUUCUCCCGCCUCUAACAGCCGAUAACUGCGUUCUCUUCGCCAAAAAUUCCGACCGGCCGCCGACAGAAGUGCAAGAGGUAGUCUAUUAUCCGCCGGCGGAUUAUUCAGCGGGAUCAAAACUUCAUUGUACGUUUAUUGAUGUGGACCAAAUAAGUCAUACCCAUGCCGUUAUUUUGAGUAAACCAGCCUGGUGCUGGGGUGCCGAAAUGGGAGCAAAUGAACAUGGCGUUUGUAUUGGUAACACCGCCGUGUGGACAAAACUGUGUCACCCUGGGGAUCACGAGGAGAAGCUAACCGGAUGUGACUAUGUAAGACUAGGAUUAGAGCGCGCUAGUACAGCAAGAGAAGGUGUAAAUGUAAUUACAAAUUUGCUGUCGCAGUACGGGCAAGGGGGAUUAUCCAGUGAGGACCAUAAUUUUGGACAAUGGACAUACCACAGUGCUUUUAUUUUAGCUGAUAGUUCUGAAGCAUGGCUACUUGAAACUGCCGGAAAGUUUUGGGCUGCGAAAAAAGUAACGAGUGGUACCUUAAUAGCCACGAGCACUUUAACUAUAGGAGAUGAUGCGGAAAUUACAUCAGCCGAUUUAUCUGCGCAGGCGCAGUCAGGUGGUUUCUGGAAAUCUGAAGAUGGUCCAAUUAAUUUUUCCAAAGCAUUUUCUGCGGAAUAUCCCGGUAUUUCAUUGUCUGACAAACAAAUGCCGGAAAACAGACUGCAGUGUAUUAAACGUGGUCUAGAUGUAGCUGCUUGUGAAGGUAAGAUAGACGUGAAUACAAUAGUUGGAAUCCUUAGAGACGAGGACAGUAGCGUCAAUUUUGUUGGAGAGCUUUUAACAGUCGGAAGCCAAGUGUCUGUGAUUUCCCCUCCCAAUUCCAGCCAGCCAUCUUGUCACUGGUUUACUGCGACGCCCAAUGCAAAAUAUUCCGUUUUCAAGCCUUUUAUAUUCUGUGACAAUAUUACUUUUGGUAACUACACCGUGUCUUCAACGUCAGGAGGGACCGCAAGAUCAACAUUUCAAUCGUCUAUUGAUCGCAGACAUCCGCUCUACAAGGCGCAUGAAAAGGGGAGAGAACUCAUGGAAACCGGAAGUCCAGCUGGAAAAAAUUUGCAGACGACAAUGCAAAACUUGGAAAAACAGUGUUUAAGGGAAGUAACUGAGUUUUUGAGAACUUUCAAGGAAACAGACAUUAGUGAUGUGAAAGACCUAUUUAGAGACAUUGCAGAAUCCGAAGCUAAGUUCUAUCAUUGAAUUUUUCAAAGAUGGCCGUUAGACCAACUGUUUAUGGUAUAUGACAUUAACUUUUUGCAAGCUUAUGGUUGUGCUUUUUUAAAUAUCAACGGUAUGAGAAACUUACAUCAAAUCUUAAUGUGAAUCAUAUUUCGGUUCAUUGAAUACAUCGAUUCAUCGGCUAUGUGAAACACAAAGUUUUGAACGUUAUUUUUUCAAGCUUACAAUAUUUUUAGUCCCCUACCGGUUUACCGGAGGGGACUUUAGGUUUACCCUCCGUCCGUCUGUCCGUCCGUCUGUCCGUCCGUCUGUCUGUCAGUCCGUCAGUCCGUCCGUCCACAAAACUGGAUCCCGCGAUAACUUGAAAAGUACUGAAAAUAUUUUUAUGAAACUUGAUAUAUGGAUAGAUGGCAGUAUGGAGAUUAUGCACGUCUUUUUCUUUUCUUCCUAUGUUGAAAAUUCUGGUUGCUAUGGCAACAAAUAGGCUGAAAAUAUGGCAAAUUUUACACAUAAACUGGAUCCAGUGAUAACGCAAAAAGUACUGAAAAUAUUUUUAUGAAACUUGAAUCUCUAGCUGGAGAUUAUGCACGUCUUUGUUUUCUUCCUAUAUGAAAAAUUUGGUUGCUAUGGCAACAAAUAGACUUAAAAUAUUGCAAAUAUAACAAAAAGUACUAAAAUAUUU